AUGCCAGGUAUCGACCUAAACGUAUGCUGCCACCGUUUGUCGGUGGACCCUAAAGCAAAACCAGUUGCGCAAAAGAAGAGGAAGUUUGGCUUUGAUCGCCAGAAGGUCAUCGAUGAAGAAAUCAAAAGACUCCACGACGCCGGGUUUAUCAGGGAAAUCAAGUACACAACUUGGUUGUCCAAUCCAGUGUUGGUAAAGAAAUCAAACGGCGCGUGGAGAAUGUGCGUUGACUACACAGAUCUUAACAAGGUCUGCCCCAAGGACGCCUAUCCUUUCCCAAGCAUCGACCAGCUGGUUGACAACGCCUCUGGUUUCCAGAUGUUGUCUUUUAUGGACGCAUAUUCAGGCUAUAAUCAGAUUCAGUUGUUAGAGGAAGAUCAAGACAAAACGGCGUUCAUUACUCAGAACGCCAAUUAUUGUUAUACGAUGAUGCCCUUCGGGUUGAAAAAUGCGGGCGCCACGUAUCAGAGGAUGAUGAACGGGGUAUUCAAAGACUUGAUCGGCAAUUGUAUAGAAGUUUACAUUGAUGACAUGAUAGCAAAAUCAAAGACGACAGACCAACAUUUAGCAGAUCUCCAAGGCGUUUUCCAAAGACUGCGAAAAUUUAACAUGCGCCUCAACCCCAGCAAGUGUGCUUUUGGUGUUCCCGCGGGAAAAUUCCUUGGCUUCAUGCUCAUGGAGCGAGGCAUAGAGGUCAACCCAGACAAGUGUAAGGCGGUCAUUGAAAUGCGGAGCCCGCAAACAAUCAAGGAAGUUCAACAGCUAACUGGAAGGUUGGUAGCCCUCGCCCGAUUUUUGGAAAACUCAGCACACAAGUCCCUCCCCCUAUUCGGGUUGUUAAAAAAGGGGACUGCCUUUCGAUGGUCAGAAGAAUGCGAGAGCGCCUUUCAGGAGUUCAAAAGGGCUUUCUCAUGCCCACCAGUACUUUCCAAACCCGAGCACGGAGAAAUGUUGUACUUAUACCUCGCCGUCGGAUCGGAGGCAAUCAGCGCGGCCCUAGUCAAGGAGUCAAAGGAAGGACAAAAGCCUGUCUAUUUUAUCAGCAAAGUCUUACAAGGAGCGGAACUCCGGUACCAGCAAGUUGAGAAGGUAGCAUUAACACUCAUCUUUGCUGCAAGGCGUUUAAGGCCGUACUUCCAGUGCCAUCCAAUCACUGUCAGAACAAACCAACCAAUUCAGCAAGUGUUACAUAAGCCAGACCUUGCUGGAAGAAUGAUGUCUUGGGCGAUAGAACUAUCAGAAUACCAGAUCGCCUACGAACCAAGAACGGCUAUUAAGGCCUUGACAAAUUUCAUCGCCGAGAUGACUCCAAACCCCCAUCCUGAGAAGCAUGCAACUAAAACGCCUUCAGCUGGUAACUGGAAGUUGUACGUUGAUGGCUCUUCGAACGCCAAAGGAUCGAGCGCAGGAAUGAUUGUUGAAAACCCAGAUGGAGUAGCACUCGAACAUUCUCUGACUUUUGAUUUCAACGCCACAAAUAAUCAGGCGGAAUAUGAGGCCAUGAUGGCAGGACUGCUCCAAGCAAAAGAAAUGGGCGCCCGACGCCUCAAAGUCUUCACUGACUCCCAACUGGUAGCUUUCCAGAUCUCAGGCGAAUACCAAACCAAAGGACCAUUAAUGAGCAGGUACUUGGAGAAGGUAAAGGAGCUGAUUGGAAGUUUUGAAGCAGUUGAAGUAGAGCAUAUAAGGCGAGCUGAAAAUACACGGCCAGAUAUCCUCGCCAAGCUGGCAAGCACCAAAAGCCCAAGGAACAACAGAUCGGUAAUCCAGCACAACAUGCCAAACCCGUGCAUCGUAAUAAGCAUUUCUAACCCCCCAGAGGACGCCACUGAGGAAACCUGGACAACGCCUAUCAUCAACUACUUAGCCGAAGGGGUGUUACCCUCGGAUAAGAAUGAAGGUCAAAAGCUAAUACGGCGGAGCGCACAUUUCUGCCUAGUAAAAGGAUGUUUAUACAAACGAGGGACCUCAACCCCACUCCUGAAAUGUCUGAACCCUAAUGAUGUUUCGUACGUAAUUGAAGAAAUUCAUGAAGGUAUCAAUGGCCAUCACAUAGGUGGUCACUCGCUGGUAAAGAAGGCGUUGAGAGCAGGGUUUUACUGGCCAACCAUGGAACGUGACGCUCACGAGCAUGUAAAGAAAUGCGAAAAGUGCCAGAGGUUCGCUAACGUACACAGGGCACCACCCGAAGAAUUGGCGUCAAUCACAUCUCCAUGGCCUUUCUACAAGUGGGGAAUUGACAUUCUUGGGCCUUUUCCCAAGGCGGCUGGACGAGUCCAGUGGCUAAUCGUCGCCAUUGACUACUUCACCAAAUGGGUAGAGGCGGAACCCUUAGCUACUAUCACGUCCCAAAAAGCAAGAAGGUUCUUUUGGAGAAGCAUCAUCUACCGAUUUGGUAUCCCUAGGGAGGUCAUUACUGACAACGGCACUCAAUUUACUGAUGCCAAGUUCCGAGCACUGAUGAACAGUCUACAGAUCAGACAUCACUUUACCGCUGUAGAACACCCUCAGUCCAAUGGCUUAGUAGAAUCCACCAACAAAAUGUUGGGGAAAGGAAUCAAGAAGAGGCUAGAAACGCACAAAGGAGCAUGGUUAGAAAAUCUAGACAACGUCCUAUGGGGGUACAGAACUACCGCCCAGUCCUCCACCAGAGAAACGCCUUUCAGGCUGACAUACGGUGCCAAAGCCAUGAUACCAGUGGAAAUAGGCGAGCCUUCCUGGCGACGAGAGCACGUGACAGAGGUCACCAACAACCAGCACUUGAAAGAAGCGUUGGAUCUGCUGGACGAAGUAAGAAGAUACGCCACCCACAACGAUCGCCAGACAAAAGAAAGAUCUGCCACUUAUUACAACAAGAAAGUGAUUCCACAAAUUUUUGAAGAAAAAUAUUUGGUUCUCAGAAGAGCAGACGUUGGAAACAAGAACGCCCGAGAAGGAAAGCUCGCCCCUAAUUGGGAAGGUCCCUACCGUGUAGCAAACAAACUGGAAAAUGAGCCUACUCACUUGAGACGUUAG